AUGGCCGCUCGCAUGAUCGCUCCCAAGAUGGCCUCCAUCAUGGCCUCGACCUCAAGCAAGGUCGCUCGCCCUGUUGUCCGCAGCAGCGUGAAGGUCCCUUCCAAUGGCUCCCAACGGGCGUUCUCAGGCGUCUCCUCCAGCCUCCGUGCUCAAACCAAGGCCACCCCAUUCACUGCCCUCAAGCGCCAACAGGCCUCCCAAAUCCUCUCACACGCAACCCGCAACUCCGCCAUCUUCCAGGCCAAGCGUGGUUUCUCCUCUGAAAUCGCUACCGCCAUGGUCCAGGUCUCCCAGAACAUUGGUAUGGGCUCAGCAGCCAUUGGUCUCGGUGGUGCUGGUAUCGGUAUCGGUCUUGUCUUCGCCGCCCUCUUGAUGGCCGUUGCCAGAAACCCAAGCAUGCGUGCACAGCUCUUCAGUUAUGCUAUUUUGGGAUUUGCGUUCGUUGAGGCUAUUGGUUUGUUCGACUUGAUGGUUGCCAUGAUGUGCAAGUACGUAUAA